CCUUAUGACGAGUUCAACCAAAUCUAAAAUAGCAGUCUUCAGGUUUCAGGUUAUCUGGUUCUGCAUCCUAUAAGUCACAUACAUACCUUUUGUCUUUCUACUGUCUAGCAACCGCAUUUUUUCUUAUGUACUUUACAGAUAUUCAAGAUGUUUUUGUCCUCUGGUAUAGUGCUCUUUCUCGCUCUCCUCGGCACUUUUAUCAUUCCCUCCCUAGCAGUAGAUGAAGAUGAAGAUGGAAGUUAUGCCCUCCAUCAUUCAUGCGACCAAGACUAUCCAAGGGCGAGGUAUGCUCUCAAUGAGGCCAUACGUAUGGCUCGCAUAGCUGCGACUGAAAUGGGGCGCGGGCUUUCGCCGCCCCUUCUUAAUACCUAUAAGCUUAUCUUCGAACAAUCCAACGUAGAAUCUGGACCAUCUGAAAGGUUCCUGUUUGACAAGGUUCGUAAGACCUUCAAGGAGGUCAGUCGGCUAUACCAAGACGACUGGGCCCACGCAGAGAUCAAGAUUUACUGCGACGAUAGGCGCUGGUCACCGGAGGUCGGCCAGGUGCUCGACCCGAGAGACUUUCCUAAUAACGUUAUUCCGGAUGAUUUACUCAAUCCACGCCGUGAUCCCGACUUGCAAAGAUGGGUUGAUCUCCAGACUGGAGAACACAGAGUGGGUGUACUGCCCUGCAAAUCCGGCCUCCCUGAUUUUCACGACUGGCGCAGUACAUGGCAGUUCGACAAUCCCGACGCGGUCACAUUCACAUGGUGCGGUCCGAAUUGGCAUGAUAUACGCCAUAGAACGAUCGAGCUGGACCUGAUGUUUGCGAACCUCUCAGACGUCGAUAUGGAUCAUAUCACUAUAUAUUACCUCUCUCACGCGUUCCUUAUUAUGAUUUUGCUUGCACCGCGUUUUCACCUUCGAGGCAGAGAGCAUGGCUGGUUCAGAAAUAUAGGACUUGUCGUCGAAGAGGCGGUCGAAACCGCGCCUCCUCAUGCUCUUUUUGCUGCCCUAUGUCUUCUGGACAGGAUGGACAUUGGGCUUCAUAGCAACGCCGUGCUUCGAGUAGCAGGGAAGCUCGAAAGGAGGAACCCAAUUCAAUUUACACACCCGUUUCCACCUCCACUUGCACAGCCACUCCCACCGAACCUUCCUCAAGUCUAGACUACAUGCGGGGAGGCAGAAAUGGGCCCUCCAUCAUAGACCCAGAUGGUCCAACCCGUUGUCCGUCCUGGCCGUCGAUCCGAGGUUGGGGGCCGGGCAAGGUUUCUAUUUUCCAAAGUAAAAAGGGAGGUUUUCAGCGCUCUGUACAUAUCCGCUAACCUGCUAUUUUUGUAUAUCUAUCUACAUGCGAGAAUCUAUGGCAUACAUGCUCGCCGAAUAAU